AUGGCCAUGUCAAAUGCUAUCAUGUUCCCGGGCACAGGUGGUGGUGGGGCCACGGUUGUGAAGCACCUCGGCAGGGUGCUUGUCGUCGCCGGUGGGGGUGGUGGUGUGUUCCCACAACGAAUUAUUGACGUCGAGAAAAGCGGAAUCAGUGCAAAAGGAGGUUUCUCUUAUGAAGAUUAUGGUCGGCGACCAAUCGACAAUUUAAUCAAUCCCAUUGGUGAAGCGAUGUGGAUGUCCGGGAGUGGUGCAACAUUAAGCUCUGAUAAGGUUCAGGACUUUAGUAAGUGUGACCAUUGUUAUGCAAUGGCUGGUCAUUUGACAAACUCCUCAUCUUUCGGCGGGGAGUGUCCGUUGAUUUCUGUUUGGAAGCUCGCAGGUGGUUAUGGUGGUGGA